AUGAAUUCUGUUUUUUAUCUUCCUUUUUUCACUUUCAUCAUUGUCAAGACUACUCUUCAUCUGGAAUAUUGCCCACCUCAAUGCCAGUGUGAAUGGGAAACCCACAGUGUGUCAUGCUUUGGUGUUGAGGUCAUGCCUGUUUUCCAUUCCAGCACAAAGGAAGUAUGGCUUAAGGGGACAAAAUUGUCUUCCAUUUCUGAGAAUGCCUUUGAAAACUUGGCCAACAUUUCUCAAAUAUACAUAUCUGAUGACAGUACUUUAAGAUAUCUUGAGAGGCAUUCUUUCUACAACCUGUCCACGGUCACACACAUACAACUAAAUGGCAUCAAAACACUGUCACACAUUGAUCAAGAGGCUUUUAAGAAUCUACCUAAUUUAAAAUACCUUGGGAUCACAAACACAGGUCUCACCUCCUUUCCUGGGCUAAGGCAUAUUCAGUCCAGCCGAGAGGAUUUUAUAUUGGAGAUAGUGGAGAAUGUCUUUAUACAAGUCAUACCUGCUAAUUCCUUUACUGGAAUAUCUGUGAAUGCUCUGACUAUCAUGCUGAAUAGCAAUGGUGUGAAAAAGAUCCAGAACUAUGCUUUCAAUGGGAGCAAACUGGAGGAAGUGUACCUUCAUAGGAAUCUCCAUUUGGAACAAAUAGAGGAAUUUGCAUUUUAUGGUGUGAUUCAUGGCCCAACUCACUUAGAGCUUUCAGAUACCAAAGUACAUUCUUUGCCUUCAAUAGGCAUGAAGAACAUUGAAAAGCUCCAAGCUAAAAACACAUGGGCCCUGAAAACACUGCCCCCCUUUAGAGCCUUUGUUCAUUUACAGAGUGCUGAAUUGACCUUCCCAAGCCAUUGCUGUGGUCUUAAAAUGCUGAAAAGGUGGAGAGGACACUCUGAGGCAGUUAUCUGCAACCUGACAUGGGCUACUUCGGGGAAGCGGCCAUCUACAAUUCUCUCUCAGAGGUAUCUGGGGCACAACAUCUCCGAACAUCUGAAAGCUGAAAGGUUUGGUCUUCCAACUGCUAGCAGUGCAAAUAGCAAUCCCAACAGCCUUAUUUGCCUAACCAAGAAGUCUCAAAAUGAUGGUUUGUUCAAUUUGAAAAUAUAUUCAGAGCACCUCAGUGAAGGCUUUGACUCUGAGCUGUGUAAUGAACUUCAUACACAUGAUGGACCUUCAUGCACUCCCCUGCCUGAUGCCCUGAACCCCUGUGAAGAUGUGAUGAGCCAAGGGUUUCUGAGGGUAUUGGUCUGGGUAGUCAGUUUCUUUGCCAUUUCAGCCAACCUAUUGGUGCUCUUCAUCCUGCUGACCAGUCGACAGAAGUUGUCCAUUACCCGUUUUCUUAUAGGUCACCUGGCAUUUGCAGACUGCUGUAUGGGGUUGUACUUGCUGCUCAUUGCAUCUGUGGACUUCUACACACGCUCUCAUUAUCAUCAUUAUGCAAUUACCUGGCAAACAGGAAGUGGCUGCAAUGUAGCAGGAACAUUAUCAGUGUUUGCCAGUGAGCUAUCUAUGUACACAUUAACUUUAAUUAGCCUUCAGCGCUGGCAUGCUAUCUUCUCAGCUAUGAGGCCAGACAGAAAAAUGAGAUUGCGCCAUGCAUCUGUGCUAAUGCUUGGUGGGUGGUUCCUGUGUGUGUUCCUUGCACUGCUACCGGUAGCUGGUGUGAGCAGUUACCAGAAAGUAAGCAUCUGCUUACCUAUGGACACUGGGACAACUGCUGCUCGGGCCUACAUUGUUUCUGUCUUGACUGUUAAUGUCAUUGCUUUUAUGGUGGUAUGCUUGUGUUAUAUCCACAUCUACUUUAUGGUACACAAUCCCCAUCAUAACUCCAGCAGAUGUGACAUAAACAUGGCCAAACGCAUGUUUUUUAUUAUUUUCACCAACUUUUUGUGUCAGGCUCCCAUUUGUUUCUACGGCCUGUCUGCAGCUCUCCACCACCCACUGAUUACUGUCACAGAUUCCAAGGUGCUGCUGGUCCUUUUCUAUCCUCUCAACUCUUGUGCCAACCCAUUAUUUUAUGCUAUCCUGACAAAGACAUUUCACAGAGACAUCCUGAUGUUGCUGAGUCGGAUGGGGCUGUGUCAACGGCAGGCACACCUCUAUCGAAGCCAUCUACUGUACCCACAGCUGGGCUCCAGCUGCAAACCAAAGCUCAUCAACUGCCAGGAAAAGGAGACAGUAAAAGCUUGA